UCUCUUUCCUUCCAGCGCCGGCGGGCCCUGUCACAGGCACCAUGGCGGUGGACGUGGCGGAGUACCACCUGAGCGUUAUCCAGAGCCCCCCGGGCUGGGAGGUAGGCGUCUACGCGGCGGGGGCUCUGGCCCUGCUGGGCAUUGCCGCCGUGAGCCUGUGGAAGCUCUGGACUUCGGGGGGCUUUCCCAGCCCCUCCCCGUUCCCAAACUACGACUAUCGCUACCUGCAGCAGAAGUACGGGGAGACGUACGACGAGGCCAGGCAGAAGAGAGUGCCUGUGUGGAGCGCCCAGCGGGCCAGCUCUCGAGGCCCAGCCAGUCGCAAGGGCAGCCUUGGCAUCGAGGACACCUUUGAGAGCAUCAGCGAGCUGGGGCCGCUGGAGCUGAUGGGCCGGGAGCUGGGCCUGGCCCCGUACGGGCCGCUGCGGAAGUCGCAGUCGGCCGACUCCUUGAACUCCAUCUCCUCCGUGAGCAACACCUUCGGGCAGGACUUCACGCUGGGCCAGGUGGAGGUGAGCAUGGACUACGACGGCGCCUCCCACACGCUGCACGUGGCCGUGCGGCAGGGCAAGGACCUGCUGGAGCGAGAGGAAGGCAGCUUCGAGUCCUGCUUCGUGCGCGUCAGCCUGCUGCCCGAGGUGCAGAUCGUGGGCAUCUCCCGGGCUGCCGACGCGGUGGGGGAGAUCCUGCUGUCCCUCAGCUACCUCCCCACAGCCGAGCGCCUCACCGUGGUGGUGGUGAAGGCCAAGAACCUCAUCUGGACCAGCGACAAAGCCACCGCUGACCCCUUCGUCAAGGUGUACCUGCUACAGGAUGGGAGGAAGAUGAGCAAAAAGAAGACAGCUGUGAAGAGGGACGACCCCAACCCGGUGUUCAACGAAGCCAUGAUCUUCUCCGUGCCGGCCAUGGCCCUGCAGGACCUGUCUCUCCGCGUGACGGUGGCUGAGAGCAGCAGCAACGGCCGCGGGGACAACGUGGGCCACGUCAUCAUUGGGCCGUCUGCCAGUGGCAUGGGCACCACGCACUGGAACCAGAUGCUGGCCACGCUGCGCAGGCCCGUGUCCAUGUGGCACACCCUCCGGCGAGACUAGUGGCCCGGGCAGGGCGGGCACGGAGCCGCCGGAGCCCGGCGGGUCACCUGGGCCCCUCUGUCCCUACUGCCGCGGGGAAGCCGGGCAGCUGCUGUCGACUGAUCCCGUCCGGGGUCAGCUGUGGCUGGGCCAGGCCCUGGGCGGACCUGCCCCCAGCCGUGGGGCGGCACCUGACUUUCGGGGCAGUAGGCUCCCUGGGAGCCGAGCACGUGCCAGGCACCGACGGGGAACGUGAACAAGACACAGCCUCGAGGCAGCGUGACCUGCCCAGUGCUGGCGCGGCCCUGGCCCUGCCCGAGGGACUCAGGGACUCUGGACUUGGGGGGCACUCUGCGGCUGGGAGGGGCAGAGGGGAGCUGCGCUUUGAGGGGAGCUGAGAAAUAAGAGUCCCAGCCGGUGGCCCAGCCUGAGCACGGCAGGGACACAGACUUCCUGGGUUCAGCUCCCUGGUGGACGCUGGGGCCUGUCUCUGGGCAGCAGAGGGGGACAGCCCAGGCCGGCAGGCCCCUGCAGACCCCCUGGGCUGGGGGCCCCUGGUCCGGCUCUGACCCACACCCUUUCGGAGACCCUUUCAAGGCCCCAGGUCCCUGCGUUCAGCCCCCACAUCCUUGGAGUCCCCGGGGUCACCCAGGGAGGGAGGUGCUCAGCUGGAGGGGCUCUUGAGUCGGGGUUCAUGAGAGAAUUAGCCCCCCCAAGGGAAAGAAGGUCCUGGGGCAAGGGAAGGGGCCACACAAGUUUUGAUUUGACCCUGCUGGGAAGCUAAGCCAUACACCCAUGAGUCUGGCCGCCCCACCUGUGGGAGAGGGGCUGUGCAGGAGCUUCCGGGUGUCCAAGGAAGGAGGCCCCGGGGCUGUGGCCAUGCCCUUCAGACUAGGGGAUGAGGCCCCGCAGCUCAAGGGAGCUCAAGGGAGUUGGGGGGCUCACAGCAGCGGCACCUGCGCUCCAGAGCCACCCACAGCUGAGAGCGUGGCGGCCUGUUGUGGAGACCCAGGCCCAGCCAGGUAUCCCCGUGACUUGGGAGUGGGGUGGCCCAGGGUGGUCAGGAGACUGGAGGCAGAAUGUGGAGCCCCUGCCUGGCACACACCUGUCUCACUCCGAAGCCAGAUCGUCCACCUGGUGGUCAGCACCCACAGGUCUGCCAGCCCAGGGCAGCACCGGGCCAGGCCCCUCACCCCCGCUGUAGCCCAGGGAGACCCCUGAUUCUCCCCUCCCCCCAGUGGCUGCCAGCAGGCACCCACCCCCCACACUGCAUGAAAUGUGGCUUGUGCACGAGGACGGACGGGGUGCCGGGGUGCCGGCUGGAAAUAAAGAUGGGGCAGGAAGGGGGCUUCCGGGGAGCCCCGCUCA